GCCCUUCCUCGAGGGCGGAUGUGCGUCGGGAAAGCGAAGGCGGCCAGCUGCGAGGGUCCCGGCUCGGCCCCGCAGGCCUCGGGACGCGGCCAUGCGACGCCCGGGGCGAGGCCUCGGCUGGCCCCCCGGGCCCCAGGAGCUCUGGAGGCCCAGGACCAUGGACGCUCUUAAUAGGAACCAGGUGGGCCCUGCAUGCAAGACCCAAGCAAUGGUCAAGAAAGGGCCCUUGGACCUGAUCGAGACGGGCAAAGGGCUGAAAGUGCAAACGGACAAGCCCCACCUGGUGAGCCUGGGCAGUGGGCGGCUCAGCACCGCUAUCACCCUUCUGCCGCUGGAGGAAGGGAAGACGGUGAUCGGCUCUGCGGCCAGGGACAUCUCCCUGCAGGGUCCGGGCGUGGCUCCAGAGCACUGCUACAUUGAGAACCUGCGGGGCACCCUCACCCUCUACCCGUGUGGCAAUGCCUGCAGUAUCGAUGGGCUCCCUGUCCGGCAGCCCACCCGGCUCACUCAGGGCUGUAUGUUGUGCCUGGGUCAGUCCACCUUCCUCCGCUUUAACCACCCAGCUGAAGCCAAGUGGAUGAAGAGUAUGAUUCCGGCAGGGGGCCGGGCCCCCGGGCCCCCCUACAGUCCUGGCUCAGAGUCGGAAAGCCUGGUGAACGGGAACCACGCCCCUCAGGCCGCCACCCGGGGCCCCUCCGCCUGUGGCAGCCACAGUUCCCUGGUGAGCUCUAUUGAGAAGGACCUGCAGGAAAUCAUGGAUUCGCUGGUGCUAGAGGAGCCCGGGGCAGCCGGCAAGAAGCCUGCCGCGACUUCCCCGCUGUCGCCAAUGGCUAACGGCGGGCGCUACCUGCUGUCCCCGCCAACCAGCCCCGGCGCCAUGUCUGUGGGCUCCAGCUACGAGAACACCUCCCCAGCCUUCUCUCCGCUCUCCUCGCCAGCCAGCAGCGGCAGCUGUGCCAGCCACUCACCCAGCGGGCAGGAGCCUGCCCUUCCUGCACCUUCCGUGCCGCCGCUGGUACCCGCCCGCUCCUCCAGCUACCAUCUGGCCCUGCAGCCCCCACAGUCCCGACCGAGUGGUGCCCGCUCCUCGGAGAGCCCCCGGCUGGGCCGGAAGGCGGGGCACGAGAGGCCUCCCAGCCCCGGCCUCCGAGGUCUGCUGACAGACAGCCCCGCGGCCACGGUCUUGGCGGAGGCCCGCAGAGCCACCGAGAGCCCCCGGCUGGGCGGGCAGCUGCCCGUGGUGGCCAUCAGCCUGAGUGAAUACCCGGCUUCCGGUGCCCGAAGCCAACCCACGAGCAUUCCCGGAAGCCCCAAGUUGCAGCCUCCGGUCCCUGCUCCCCGAAAUAAGAUUGGCACCCUCCAGGACCGCCCUCCCAGCCCUUUCCGCGAGCUGCCGGGCACCGAGCGGGUGCUGACAACCAGCCCCUCACGCCAGCUGGUGGGCCGAACAUUUUCAGAUGGGUCAGCCUCCCGCACCCUGCAGCCCCCUGAGAGUCCCCGCCUGGGCCGCCGGGGCCUGGACAGCAGGCGAGAACUCCCUCCGUUGAGCCCGUCUCUGUCGCGACGGGCUCUCUCCCCCAUGCCCACCAGGACUGCGCCAGACCCCAAGCUAACCAGGGAAGUGGCAGAGAGCCCCCGGCCCCGGCGCUGGGCGGCCCACGGGGCGUCCCCGGAGGACUCCUCCCUGACACUGGGGGCACGGGGCCGGAGGACACGGAGCCCCUCCCCCACCCUCGGGGAGUCACUGGCACCCCGCAAGGGCAGCUUCAGUGGCAGGCUGAGCCCAGCCUAUAGCCUUGGCUCUCUGACUGGGGCUUCGCCCCGCCAGAGCCCCCGUGCCCAGAGGAAGCUGUCCAGCGGGGACUUGCGGGUGCCUGUCACUCGGGAGCGGAAAAACAGCAUCACAGAGAUCAGUGACAAUGAAGAUGACCUCCUGGAGUACCACCGGCGGCAGCGCCAAGAACGGCUCUGGGAGCAGGAGAUGGAGAGGCUGGAACGCCAGCGCCUGGAGACCAUCCUGAACCUGUGUGCUGAGUACAGCCGGGCCGACGGGGCGCCCGAGGCCGGGGAGCUGCCCAGCAUCGGGGAAGCCACCGCCGCGUUGGCGCUGGCGGGCCGGAGGCCGGCGCGAGGCCUUUCGGGGGCCACCGGAGCCUCUGGGCGGGGCACUGAGGAGCCCGGAGGUGCCACCCAGCGCCUGUGGGAGUGUGUGGACCGCUCAGAUGAGGAGAAUCUCAAGGAGGAGUGCAGCAGCACUGAGAGCACCCAGCAGGAGCAUGAAGAUGCUCCCGGCACCAAGCUCCAGGGGGAGGUGCUGGCCCUGGAAGAGGAGCGGGCUCAGGUGCUGGGCCGCGUGGAGCAGCUCAAGGUCCGCGUGAAGGAGCUGGAGCAGCAGCUGCAGGAGUCCGCCCGAGAGGCUGAAAUGGAGCGAGCACUGCUGCAGGGGGAGAGGGAGGCAGAGCGGGCCUUGCUGCAGAAGGAGCAGAAGGCCGUGGACCAGCUGCAGGAAAAGUUGGUGACCUUGGAAACUGGCCUCCAGAAGGAGAGGGACAAGGAGGCCGAGGCCCUGGAGACGGAGACAAAGCUGUUUGAGGACCUGGAGUUCCAGCAGCUGGAGCGGGAGAGCCGCGUGGAGGAGGAGCGGGAGCUGGCGGGCCAGGGGCUGCUCCGGAGCAAGGCCGAGCUGCUCCACAGCAUCACCAAGAGGAAGGAGCGCCUGGCCGUCCUGGACAGUCAGGCUGGCCAGAUCCGGGCCCAGGCCGUGCACGAGUCCGAGCGCCUGGCGCGGGACAAGAACGCCUCCUUGCAGCUGCUGCAGAAGGAGAAGGAGAAACUAACUAUGCUGGAGAGGAGGUACCACUCGCUCACAGGGGGCAGGCCUUUCCCGAAGACCACGUCGGCCCUCAAAGAGAUGGAGGAGCUGCUGCUCCCUGCUGUAGACUUAGAGCAGUGGUACCAGGAGCUGAUGGCCGGGCUGGGGACCGGCCCCGCUACAGCCUCCCCGCGCUCCUCUCCCCCGCCUCUGCCCGCCAAAGCUUCCCGGCAGCUGCAGGUUUACCGCUCCAAGAUGGAUGGCGAGGCCACCUGCCCCCUGCCCCGGACCCGCAGUGGCCCCCUCCCCUCUUCCUCUGGCUCUUCUUCCUCUUCCUCCCAGCUCAGCGUGGCUACCCUGGGCCGGAGCCCCUCCCCCAAGAGUGCUCUACUUGCCCAGAAUGGGACGAGCAGCCUUCCUCGCAACCUGGCGGCCACGCUGCAGGACAUUGAGACCAAGCGCCAGCUGGCCCUGCAGCAGAAGGGCGCGUCGCUUCCUGCCGAGCCCCCCCCAACCGACGACCCAGCAGGGCAGCAGGUGAUCGAGGAGCAGCGGCGGCGCCUGGCCGAGCUGAAGCAGAAGGCCGCGGCCGAGGCGCAGUGCCAGUGGGACGCCCUGCACGGCGCGGGCCCCUUCCCGCCCGGCCCCGCCAGCUUCCCCCCGCUCAUGCACCACUCCAUCCUGCACCACCUGCCCGCCGGCCGCGAGCGCGGGGAGGACGGCGAGCACGCCUACGACACCCUGAGCCUGGAGAGCUCCGACAGCAUGGAGACCAGCAUCUCCACGGGCGGCACGUCGGCCUGCUCCCCGGAUACCAUGUCCAGCGCGAGCGGCCUGGACGUGGGGAAGAUCGAGGAGAUGGAGAAGAUGCUGAAGGAAGCACACGCGGAGAAGAGCCGGCUCAUGGAGUCGCGGGAGCGGGAGCUGGAGCUCCGGCGACAGGCCCUGGAGGAGGAGCGGAGGCGACGGGAGCAGGUGGAACGGAGGCUGCAGAGCGAGAGCGCCAGGAGGCAGCAGCUGGUGGAGAAGGAGGUCAAGAUGCGCGAGAAACAGUUCUCCCAGGCACGACCCCUGACUCGCUACCUGCCAAUCCGGAAGGAGGACUUUGAUCUGAAGACCCACAUUGAGUCGUCGGGCCACGGCGUCGAUACCUGCCUGCAUGUGGUGCUCAGCAGCAAGGUCUGCCGCGGCUACUUGGUCAAGAUGGGCGGCAAGAUUAAGUCCUGGAAGAAGCGCUGGUUUGUCUUUGACCGACUCAAGCGCACCCUUUCCUAUUAUGUGGACAAGCAUGAGACGAAGCUGAAGGGGGUCAUCUACUUCCAGGCCAUCGAGGAAGUCUACUAUGACCACCUGCGCAGUGCAGCCAAGAGCCCGAACCCAGCUCUCACCUUCUGCGUGAAGACCCACGACCGGCUGUACUACAUGGUGGCCCCUUCUGCCGAGGCCAUGCGCAUCUGGAUGGAUGUCAUCGUCACCGGAGCUGAGGGCUACACUCAGUUCAUGAACUGACUGGUGUGGACCCUCUGGACCCUCGGGCGAGCCCACCUGCUGCUCUGGCCCUGGAGACAGAGCUGCGCUCGGGGCCCCAGGCCCCACGGGAGUGCGGAGCGUGACGGGGCUUUUGUGUAAGACUUUGUGCUGUUGCCCAGUGACUUUCUGGGCGCAGGCCCCCUAAAGCACCAGCCAGCAGAUGAAACGUGGGGAGGCUCCCGGGAGCCCAGAAUCUGCAAUAACCCUUGAGGGUCCUGCCCGAGGAGCUGUCACAAGAGGGGGCCUCAAGCUCUGACCUGGCGCCUGCGCUCCUCUUCUCUUUUGCAAAAGGACAAAUUAUGGUACCAGAAUCUGCCAAAGAUCCCCUCUUGCCUCAGCCCCCCCCCUUGCAGGGGUCUUGUGGGUGGAGGAGAGCCACCUCCAGGGUGGGGUAACAGCUCAGGUGGCGGACUUCCUCACCCCGGCUCUCCCGCGGCCUCGUUCAAGGGCCGGGGCCCUCCAGCGCCAUCCUUGAGGCCCUCACCCCAUCUCGUCUGUGCAGAGCUCCCCCCCCCCCCAACCUUAAGCUCCAUAGUGACCGCGCCAGCGCCAGGGCUGGCCACUCACUGCCGCCGCCCUGUGGCUCCGCCCACGCUGUGGCCCGCCCCAGGGAACGAGGGUACGUACUGCCAUCUCUCCAGCCCCGGACCGCGGGCAUCUCUCACUGGGGGAAGGGACCGCACACCCGCUCCCUGCGUGCGGCUCCGGGCCCUGCCGCACAGCCUGCCGCCCCCCAGUCCGGACCUCUCCCUUCCACGCGUGCCUUGCUUAGAGCCAGAAGGGCUGAAGCUGGGACACCCCGACACUAGAGGAAGGAAGCAGAUGGGAGAGGCGGCUCGAUGCGGGUUCUGUGGGACUGGCUGGAGGGCCCCUCAGACGCCCCCUGAGGGCAACCGGAGCAGGAGCCGAGGCCGCUGCGGGAGAGGACCCUGGGGUCCGGCUGCCCUCCCUUCAGCCUCAGAAGGAUGACAGAAAUGGAGAGCAGAGGACCGGACCACCAGGGGUCUGGCCUCAGCCCUUCACGCCUUAACACUAAGCCUCCAUCCCUGCUCCCCUGCCCAGUCAGUACUGGGCCACGGGGGCCUGGCCUGGGCUGGGCGAUUUUCAGUAUUUGUAAGCAUCUCAACAGAACAAUAAAGCAUUUGGAGUAUG